AGAUGUACAAAUAAUUUACAAUUUUAAAAUACUCAUAACUCGUUUUAAAAUUAAAAUAUAAUAAAAAGCCUAUGAGAUGCCCUCCAUAAUAAUCUCAAAUUUAGUUUUAAUAAGAGGUCAAUUCACUCUAAUUUUUAAACUGACAGAGCUAAACGUGAUCUUCUGAGUGUAAAAAAUGGUAUCGCCUCAAUCAUAUUACGCAUUAUAUAUUUAUUAUAAAUAUGCCUAAAUUACCAAAUUCAAUUUUAGAUAAUAUUCUUAAAGCUAGUUUGAAAAAUUUCAAUUAUUCACUAUGUGCACUCAACUAUGUAGUUUAAUAUUGUGUUUCUAUCAUGUAUAUAUGCAGGGCUUCAAAACGUCAUUAUUAUAAUAUUAUUAUGGAAAAAACUUUCAAAAAAUAAAAUUUAAAUUUGUUCUAUUUUUGGGAUGAUGAUAAUAUAUGGGCAUUACCUGAUUUUAAAGUCUGUGCAUGCCUAUGCCCUUCUUAAAUGGAUCACCUGUAUGGCUGUAUAUUAUAAAUUUAUAAAUAUAUAAAAGUGUAGAUCUUCUCUUUUUGCUAACUUUAUAAGAACUAACUUGGCAGGUAUUUUUAUAUUUCUUAACAUUUUAGUACAAUAAUUAUAUCACAAAAUUAUCCUUAAAAACUAAACAGAAUUAAAAUCCCAAUUAGUACUUUACACAUUACAUAUUUAACUAUUUAUGAUGUCAGGAUAAAUACAUGCAGAUCAUUUCCAGUUUUAUCUUUUAUUAUUUUUCUUAAUAUUGGAAAUACAUAAUAUAAAAUAAUUGACAGUAACACGAAAAUAACUAGUGUGAGGAAGGGGAACAGAGCACUAUGGCAAGGACAAGGGUGACUGAUCACAUAUGGCCAUAUAGUUCAGAGUAAAGGUUGGAGAGAAAGAAGAGAAAUAUUGAAAGUACCUACUUAUUCAGUCUAGAGGUCUAGAAUUUUUUAAUGUAAAUCAAUAAUAUCUCUGUAAAUAUUUGUAAUUUUUGUUUUGAUUUUUCAUGUAUUUUGAUCGUUUACUAUACAGGAAAACUCAGUGUUUGUUCCAGAAAUAAAUUGUUUGGUUGGCAGGUGGAUCUGUAUGAGGACAAUCAUUCAUAACUAUUAUUGUUAAUAUCCAAAAAUCUAAAUAUGGUAAGAUUGAAGUAUGAACAUUAUUUAAAAUUAGGUAGGUACUUAACAAUUAUCUAAAUUCUCAUUUUUAAAUUAUAUAAUUCGGUGCCAAUUUAUGAAAUAAGGGAUUGGGGAGAAAAAUGUACUAAUUAUGCAAAAACAGCAUUGAAAAUAUUCUGUUUAAAAAAAUUACAAAUAUUUUGAGAGAUAUAGACUGAUUUACUCUACAAGCGUUGUAUGUAAAAUGUUACAAUUAAAAAAUACUCAUAAAUCGCUUAAAAAUUAAAAAAUAAACCCGACACUCGUAGUAUGUGUAUUUAAGGGGUUCUCGAGGGCGCAGCCCUUAUUUGGAAUUUUAGCUCACCAGAAGUUAGGUCCAUCUAAAUUCGGGUCCACACAGAAAUAGCAAAAAUAAAAUAAUAUUCUUUUUUUAAAAACAAUUUAGAUAGUUUCAUCUGUGUUGGAAAAGUUGUGUUAUUGUUUUAUUUUUGGCUACUAUGUAUGGACCCGGCAAAAAAUUAAAAUAUCGUGGAGCUCCCUCGAAACCACAUGAAAUGUAUGGUGAAGCUUCAGCUCCUUCUACCUAACAUAUUUAAUCACCCUACUCUACGUCUAUACAAUAUCCCCAAAAUCAUAAUCAAUACUAUGUGACUAACAGCCAACUAAAUAUCAGUCUGACAGUUUAGGGCUAUAAUAUAUGAUGAAGUAGAAUGUAUAGUAUUAUUCAAAAAAUUGUUCCUGAAAAAAUAUGGACAGAAACAAGUUGAAUUCAUCAAUCGUUUUUCUAGCUUAUUAUGAAAGUCGAUUUUUAAUAUUAAUAAGUAUAAAUAUUAAACAUUUUAUAAAUUAACCGAGGAUUUUAUGAUCAUUAAAAUAUAAAAAAGCAAUUCCCGCACAAAGUUCGUUUUGUGUAUAACAUCUAGACAUUAUUUACUAAGUUAAUAAAUUAAAAUAUUUUUACAUAGUUGAAUUCGCGGUCUAUCUAAAUCAUAUUAUACAAUUCAAUUAAAAUGUAUGAAUUAAAAAGAUGAAAUAAAAAAAUUAUGUCUAAUUUUUAAUACAGUCUGCACGCCAUUGCACGUCCAACAUUUCAUAAUUUACGUAUGUUGUACUGCACACAAUUUAAAUCCCUCCCUCAAAUAAAUAAGUAAACCGAAUUUAUAUAUGUAAUAUAUUUAUUGAUUAUUGUAUCAUAUUAUAUAGUUUAUAUAAAAAAAAUCACUAUAUAUAUUUUAUAUAUAAAUAAUGAUUAUACAUGUAUUACUGUUAGUAGGUACUAUAACCUAAUUACUAAUGAGGUAGUAAUGUAUAUCGAACAUUAAGAGUAGUUAAGCAUUUUAUAUUAAGUAAAUUUGUUUAUAAGUUUGUUAAUCACAACAGUUUUACGAUAUGUAUUAAUUUAAUUUCGAAAAAACUAAAUAAAUAUACCUUGAAAUUGUAGAAGUAAUAAUAUUCAAAGGUAAUUAGUAGGUAUUAUAUAGUUAGUGUAUACCUAAUAUAUAUAACUAACAUUUUUUUAUUAUUAUAUUGUAGCCGUAUCAUUAUUUCCAUUGCAGGAAUGUACAUAAUAAGUUGUAUUAUUGUAUUUAUUUAUUUAUUCAUUUUUUGUGUAUAAUUUAGUAUUAAUCAUGUUAAUCAUUAACAUUUUAAAAGUUCCUUAAUUGAUCGUUGUCUUUAAAUUGUACUUCGAAGCCCACAUCACUGAUUAUGUGUAUUUUCUUUUUCUGGUGUCGGCAUGUUAUUAUUUAUACUUAAUGAACCACGGAUUCUUUUCUUUAUCGCUACCUGUGAUUUUAUUUUAUUUUGCAUAAAUCUUUAUUAAAUUUACACAUACACUAUAUAGGACUAUAAGGACGUACACACACAAACGCACGCACACAUGCGCUCACACUCACACAUACAUACACACACACACACACACACACACACACACACACACGCACCCAACACACAUUACCCCCAAAUGAAAUAAUUUGGGCCGUUAAACAAAAGUAAGAAAAACUAGUCUAUAAGAGAGUAAUUUACCAUCUAGUGUCAAGUCAGUUGUGCGUGUAACAAGAUACCUGUUAGUCUGUAUCCUUGUGGAAGGUCUUUCGAAUACCUAUCGUUAAUUCUUUAUUUCGUAAAAGAAUAAUUAUUUUAUUACAUAUAGUUUGCAAUUUAAGAAAUAACGUUUUAUAUUCACAAAGUAAUAAGUAUGUAAUAAAUUUGUCAUAAUUAUAGAAUGCAAUUUUAUAUAGCAUAAGUGUUAAAUUGUUUUUUUUUCAAUAAAUUAUUUUUAAUAAUAAACAAAAAAAUGUUUUUUUAAUAUGUUCGUUAUUGUUAUUUUUUUACAUUUCUUUAUUUAAAUCUUGAAUUCGUCACGAACGUUUGUGACUAAAUAUGAAAAAUCUAUAUCUUAUAGCGAUGAAUCAACAAAUUUUUUUUUAAAAGAAAAAAGUGUUAAGUUCCGAGGUGUUUGAAGAGAUAUGAUUUUCAGAAUUCUGGUUUAUGCCUCAAAAAAUUAUUUUAUUCUUAAAAAGACUGUGCUUGAAAAAAACUGAACUCGUAAUGUGGAAACGGGUAUCCAUAUUUAUCGUGCUGCCAAUGUUAAUCAUACAGAUAAACAGUAUUCAAUGGCUGGGCAUGCAGAAAGCGGCCGGCAAAGUGGACUGGAACGACGUGGGCGUCUGCCGGACGUUGCGCAAAACCUACGGACUGGACUCGCGUCAAGCCCGCAUUUGCAAGUCUUGGCGUCCAGUCAUGCAGCACGUUUCCCGGGCCGCCGCGUUGGCCGUGGUCGCCUGUCAGUCGGUCUUGCAAAACAGACGGUGGAACUGUUCGUCGGUGCGGUCCGCGCCGGGACUCACGCCGGAGCUGGUCAAAGGCACGAAAGAACAAUCGUUCGCGUACGCGCUCAGCUCAGCAGCGCUGACAUACACAAUGACCAGGGACUGCGCUUCCGGAAUGUUGCCGAGCUGCGGUUGCGGAACUCACCCGGAAGACACGGACGGCACGUUCAAGUGGAGCGGGUGCGACGACAAUGUCCGGUGGGGUGCCAAGUUCGCCAGACAGUUCGUGAAGAACGGAAACCCAUCGGCGGCGAUGUCGUCGGGCGAAUACAGCGGCGACGACGACGACGAUGUCGACGACUUGUCGGCCAACGCCAACGAAGAUGCGGUACUGCGUGAACAGAGAGCCAUGUCCAUAGUCGACGAACACAAUUACAAAAUAGGCCGAAAAGUGGUCAUGUCAAGUGUGAAAACCCAUUGCAAGUGUCACGGCAUGUCGGGAUCAUGUAACGUGAAAACGUGUUGGAGGGGUCUGCCGAACAAAUUCAUUGGGGUGGGCAUCAAAUUGCUGAAAUUGUACAAUAAAACACCGUUGAAAGUGGAAAUGGUCCAAGUCAUUCGAUUUGGUCUUCCAAAACACACAGACAGUUCAUUGGUUUAUAUUACCGAAUCCUCAGAUUAUUGUAAUUAUGACCAGAGAGCAGGCAGUUAUGGAACAGUCGGCAGAAAGUGUAACUCCACAACAGUUGGUACUGAAAAUUGUCUUGCCAUGUGCUGUGGUCGAGGCUACACUACACAAAUUAUUGAACAGACUGAACGCUGUCAAUGCAAAUACCAUUGGUGCUGUUAUGUGAAUUGUCAAAACUGUACUAGCCUAGUAAAGAGGCAAAUCUGUAAUUAAUUGUAAUAAUUCAUAAAAAUUUGAAAUUUUAUAUUGUGAAAGAAUAUUUUAUGUGUUUUUUAUAAC